AGAUGCUUUUCGGUUGCUCUGCCGGGAGAAGCUCCCUGGCUUGGAUAGCCCCUGGUCAUCGAGGUGGUUAAGGUGUUGGACUACGACCUGGGAGACCAUGGUUCGAAUCCCCACGCAGCCAUGAAGCUCACUUGGGCCAGUCACUGCCUCUCAGCCCCAGAGAAAGAAAAUGGUGAGGAAAGCUAGUUAUUGUCCACUGCUCUAGCAUCAAUAGAAGAAUAACAUUGACUCAUGUCUGAGUGAAGCACAAGAGAAAGAAACAGAAUAUGCAGUUGAAAGUCAUGAUAUGGUAAGGAAGUCCUCACUAGUCAGUUCAUUCUACAAGAUUGGGGUCACAGUGGAGAAGGCCCUGUCCCAUGUUCCAGCCCACCUAACCAUCCAGAUGGUAGGAACUCCAAGUGUGGCCCUUCAGGAAGAGGCAGCGAAACAAAAGAAAGGACUGAAAAGCUCCAUUGAUGAUGUCCUUGGUGGUCUCCUUGGUGAUGACGAUGACAUUCCCCUUAAAUCCAACAAACCAGCCUCAUUUGGUAGCCAUGGAGGGAGAUCCAGAGGAAUCGCUUCACAGACCAGCAAAAAGAGCCCUCUGGGGGAUGACAUCUUCAGCAAAAUGGCUCUUGAGGAAGAGGCAGAUGCAGAGGAUCCUGAUACCUCAGAUGCAGAUCCAGAAGCUCUUUUGGAGACCUUGAAGGAUAUGGAUGACAUGGAAGCUGAUCUUCUGGGCAUAAAGAAAGCAAGCUCUGGUCCUGUUCAGAAACUGGUGAAGAAUGUGGCAAAAACUCAGCCUUUGACUGAGCUGGCAAAAUCUACUAAGACAGCAACAAUCACUGAGAAAGGAGGCUCAAUAAAUGGAAUAAAUAAGAAUCCCAACUCUACUCCCACCACCUCCAGAAAGCUGAAACAGAAGCUCUCCUUUGAAGAUAUAGACGACCCUUUAGCUGGUCUUUUGUCUGAUGAGGAAGAGGGCACAGCAGAGAAAGCACAUUCCUUUGCCACCAAAAGUACUCCAGAAACUAAUGCUGGAAACUCUAAAGAGAAAGGAACAUAUCUAUAUGCACCUCUUGGCCAUGCUGUUAUUCCUGACCGGAAACAGGAAGUGUUAAUGUUUGAAGGUGACGGAGACGAUCUCAUGGAUGCUAUGGGUUUUGGUGAGAGCUCAGUAAGAGAGCCGAAAUCUGGAAGAAAGGACGGACAGGAGGAGUCUCGUCCUGCCCGAUCCAUGCUAGAUGAAUUGCUUGGACAAGGAACAGCAAAAAAACUCUUAGAGAGACCAAAGACAGGAGAACACAAGGAAUUCAAACUGGACAAGAAAUACCAAAAGCAAGCAGAUAAGGAAGACACUUUGGGAGAUGAGUUCACUUUUGGAGCCUACCAGCCCACUGUAGCCUCGACUCCAGAGGGACGACAGUCCAGACGACUAUCUGUCCGGUUUUCCUCAGAGAAUCUUAGUGAGCAGAAAACAGUACAGAAACCAUCUACUCCUCAAUGUGCCAGCCCCAUUCGCAACAAGACUGGAGCUGAUUGGCUGGGACUGAAAGAUAAUGAUUUUGACUUGCCGCCUUCAUCUCCACUAAAGGAAUCCAAUAAGACCAGCAUAAAAGGAGCCAUGAUGGAUAUGCCACCUGGCCCUUCUGAUGCUGACCCCCCUCCUACUCCUACCACCCAGCUCCCUUCUAGAUCCAAACCAGCCACUAAAGAAGGAGCACUGAAGGCUGAACCCAUCAAGGAUGAUGAUGGGGACAGCUGGCUGAGUAAUGUCUUAUCUCAGAAGAAAUCUCGAGUACAAGAGAAGGAGAAGAGGUCUGGGCCCUCUCUGAUACAGGGAAAAGAAGGGGAUCCCAUUGCUCUUACCAGCCAAUGUGCUACCUAUGUGCAGAGGCAGCAGCAGUCUGUUGCCCCAAUAGAUGGACCUGCCAGACUGGAAGAACCUAGAUCUUCCAUACCUUGGCUAAAAUCUCAGGAACAAACCACUCCUGCUUUUCCAUCCGAUUCCAGGAAAGGGACUCCCUUUGGAGACACCAGUAAGACAGCACCUGCAGUUUUUUUGCAAGGACAUGAUGAAAUCCUUCCGAUUCCUGUGCACUCCCAGCUCUUACACUCAGAGCCCAAUGUGCUGAGCCUACCUAAUAUCAGUGAGUAUGAAAAAAGGCUGACAGGUCUGCAAGAUCAGCUGCGAGAGAGCCUAGCAAGUUACCAGGCGGAGCUACUGAAUGCCCAGACUCACGUCGCUGAGCUGGAAGGUCAAGUGAGGCGGCUGGAGCUGGAGAAGAAUCAGCAGAAAUUAUUGUUGGGAAGUCUGCAACAGCGUCAUCAAGAGGACUUGGAUCUUAUAGAGAAAGCUCACAGGAACCGUGUAAAGGUGAUUGAGGACUCGUAUCACCAGCGUGAGGAGCGUCUCCGGCAAGAGAACCAAGAGUUGGCAAAUCAAUACUUAUCUCGCUGCCAGAGUGCAGAGCAGGCCAAAUCGGAGUUGCUGGCCCAGCACCAGCACCGACUAACGGAGCUGGAGCAGGAGAAGGCCAAGGAAAUUGAUCGACUACAGGAGCUUCAACGGAUGUCCAUCCUGGAAAUGCGCAAAGACCAUGAAGAGCAACUGGAACGUCUGAAACAACUGAAGGCUCAGGAGAUUGAUGCAGUGACUAGUGCCACCUCUUACACCAGGUCUUUGAAUGGUGUCAUAAACCAGAUGGAAAAGUUCUCCAGCAACCUAAAUGAUCUCACCAACAAAGUGGAGGCCACUCACCUCACUACAUCCCAAGAACUUGAGAUUGGGGCUCGGCAACGGGAUGAACAGCUCAGGGUUCUGCAAGACCGUCUCACCCAGCAGCAGAGAGACAUGGAAGAAGAACGAGGCCGGCUCCAAGAGGUCAUCUCUAUAAUGCAGGCCAGGCUGAAUGAGCAGACUCGCUUUAUGGAGCAGGAACGUUGGAAGCUGGCAGCGGAACAAUCCAAAGUGGAAUCCUUGCAGCAUUCACUAGAGGAACAGAGAAGGGUCAUGAUGCAGCAACUGAGUAUGGAGAAGGAAGAGCUAGAGAGGGCAAAGAAUGCUUUGCUUGAUGAGCAGAAGUCAGUCAUGCAGAAAUGUGCUGCAGAGCGCCAGAAACUUGCUGCAGAGUGGUCAGAGCUCCACACCCAACAGAGUCUGAGCAAGCAGCGCACAGAACGGGAGGUGGACCGGGCUCUGCAGAUUGACUCUCAAAGAGAAGGAGCCAUCAUGAGCCUUGCAAAGGAACAAGCAGACCUGAAGAUCAAAGCCAAUGAGUUGAGAUCUAAGGAGGAGCAGCUGGCUAGAGAUCGAGUGAUCCUGGAGCAAGAGAAGCAGGAGCUGAGACUGGAAAAGGAAAAAGUCAGUGCCGCAGCUUUGCACAUCAAACAAAGGACAGAAGAAAUCAACAGUAUAAGCAAGCUAUCCUCCCAGAAAUAUGAAGAGGGGGAGAGAGCCCUCCUAGAGGCAAGGAAGGUAGAGGCGGAGCAUCAGGCAAGGCUACGUCUUGUGCAGCAUCAGAUGGAGCGACAGAAGGAGCAGGAGGAACAUUUGCACCAGGAACGUCUCAGCUUGUCUCAUCAGAGGAGGAAGCUUGAACAACUGCGGGUGGGACUCCCAAGCAACCCACUGGUGUUCCAGACCACACCCCAGGUGCCAUUGUCAGGAGCUCAGGCCAAUGUAAUCUCCAAGACAAACUAUUUCUCUCUUCCUGAUGUACCUAAAGCCAACCCUGGAGCCUCUCGGGGCCUGUCAAAUUUAGGACCAGCAGACCUCUAUGCUAAACUGGUGCUGCAUAAGCUUACAGCUGAACAGGAUCAUGAUUUCUUAGAAGAAGAACAGAUCUUCUUAGAAACCUUGAAGAAAACUUCUUACAAGACUUCAUCCCAGUCAGCAUGAGAGAAUGCUGGAGACAGCCCUUCCUGGAUUGAUGUUUUCUCUUAUUAAAGAUGGAUUUUAUCAUUUUGAUAUUUUUUUAAUGCUUUUGUGAGUAGUGGGAAAUUUAAACAUGUAAAUGCCAACUUUGACAGAAGUUACAUUUGUAAAAUAAUUUUUUUUUAAGUUUCCUGUAAACCCUGCUUUUGUGAGACAGGCAGGGUUCUUUUGCUGAAGCUCUUUGUUGCUAGCUGCCUUUGGAGCUUCGUCUAUUUGGGCAGUGAUGUGCUCCUGAUCAUAUCCUAUCCCUCCACCCCAUUGCCUUCUUACAUUACUUUCAUAGGGGCCUUUCCCAUCACCUGUGGGCCAAAACAGGUCACUAGGGACCUCUCCAGAUGUCCUAUUUAUUGAGCGUUCAUCCUGAUUUGGUUGCACAAAGCUCACACAAAUGUUAGAUUAUACCCAGUCUUUAUUAAGCAUUCAUCCUGAUUUGUUUAUGGGGUGAUUAUAUGACAAUAAGAUUGUUGUAAACAUUUCUAGAAACACAGGAAACUGCCUUAUACUGAGUCAGGCAAAUGGUCCACCAAGCUCAGUAUUGUCUGCACAGACUGGCGUGAGUGAGUAUAAAUUGCUUUGCACACUAAAAAACACAAUAACCCAAAGCCACUAAGUGAUACUGAUAUGAUACUGGCUUGAUUAAGGCUACUCAGUGAGUUUAUGCCUAAAAUGAGAUUUGAAGCAUGGCUCGCAGCUUUAGCUCAGGCUGGGCACAGGGCACGGAUGAGGGCUUCUAUGCAAAAAGAAAAUAGACAGAAAACAUGCAGGAAAAAAUAAGUAACUGGGGGUGCCCACCCCAAAAUCUGCUCUGGACCAGGACAAAUCAUAUACCCCAGGAAAGGGGAGGAUGUCCUCUAUGAGAUGCCACUGCUUCCUGCCUGGCCCAGAGCUUCUGCUCGGCGCAGGGCAUGCAUGCAAGUGUCUACGCAAAACCAAAAUUGACAAUACGAAGGAAGAAGUAAGUAAUUGGGGUGCCCAACCCACAAUCAGCUCUGGGCCAGGACAAAUCAAUACACCCCAGAAAAGGGGAGGGUUUCCUCUAUAACAUACCAGUGUGUCCCACCUGGCCUAGAGCUUCCGCUGGGUGCAGGGCACGAAUAAUGGCAUCUAUGCAAAACCAAAAUGUACAAAAAGAGGCAGAAAAAAAUAAGUAACUGGGAUUGCCCACCCCACAAUCUGCUCUGGGCCAGGACAAGUCAUACAUCCCAGGAAAGGGGAGGGUGUCCUCUAUGAGAUGCCACUCCAUCCUGCCUAGCCCAGAGCUUCUGCUGGGCGCAGGGCAUGGAUGAGGGCAUCUAUGCAAAACCAAAAUAGACAAAAACAUGCAGGAAAAAAUAAGUAACUGGGUAAGUACUUGAACCCCUGAAAGUCUCUCAGUCCCAAAAUUAAGGGCACGCACAAUACUAUUAAGUUCUGUGUCUGUCAAUUAACAUAUGUUCAGAUAUAAGUAUGUUAAUUCUCUCUUCAUACAAUUAAAUGUACACUGGAUUUAUAUUUGCUUUCCUGCCUAACUCUUGGGUAUCAAAAUUCUGGAAUGUAUUCAAGUGUCAAUGACCAAAGAUUAUUAAAAGGGUGUCAGGGUUGCAUGUCGGAACUGUACACGUGUGCUAACUGAACAUUUCAUAACAAGGUGAUUUUUAGUGCCGGGUACUUUAGGUUUGCUCUCAAAGUUGGAGAUACCAAAAUAAAGACUAACAGCAUCUUUUUCUAUUUGUACAUUGUUGUGCAUUAUUUUAAUAUUAAUUUUAAUUUGUAUGUCCCCUUUGGCAUCUUCAACCUGAAGGUUGGCAGGAAAGAAUUGUAAGUCAUAAAGUACACUUUCCUAAUGUCAUUAAUACUAAUCUGUGCUGG